AUGAUUGAUGCUGCUGCUACUCUUGGAGUUCAAAUAGUUUUUGAUGUUUCUAAUGCUUUUGUUGAGUUUGGUUUGACUCGUCGAACUGCUUUACUUACCUUAGAACAGAAGAGAAAGUCUUAUCCAAGAGCUCUUUUUCCGAAUGCUUUCAAGCAAUCAUUGAUGUUCUGCUGUAGUGCACAGAAAAUUUUCCAUGGGACUUGUAGAAGAAGGUUAGAAUUCAAGAGAGGUAUUCAAUGUUGGCGGGUUUUUUCAGUAAGUAGAGCAGAUUGUGCUGACAAUAAAGAUGAAGGGGAAAUGGCGGAGGAUGUUUCUAAUGUAACCUUGAUAUGGAGAGCAAUCAAAUUGCCUAUUUACUCUGUUGCUUUGGUUCCACUAACUGUUGGUGGUGCAGCUGCUUAUUUGCAAAAUGGCAUAUUUUCAGCUAGACGAUACUUUGUGCUCUUGGUUUCUUCAAUUCUGAUUAUAACUUGGCUCAAUUUAAGCAACGAUGUUUAUGAUUUCGAUACAGGAGCAGAUAAGAACAAGAAAGAAUCGGUUGUGAAAUUGGUCGGCAGCCGUUCAGUUGCCUUUGUUGCUGCUUUCUCGUCACUUCUCCUUGGCUUUGUGGGCCUGGCAUGGACAUCUAUAGGGGCAGGAAACGUCCGUGCAUUAUUAUUCCUGGCUUGUGCAAUUAUUUGUGGUUAUGUAUAUCAGUGCCCACCAUUUCGGUUAAGUUACCAAGGAUUGGGCGAGCCCUUGUGCUUUGCAGCGUUUGGCCCCUUUGCGACUACUGCCUUCUACUUAUUGCUUGGCAGCACGAGUUUGUUUGACAGUGAGAUGAGCAUUCUUCCUUUAACUGGGACAAUUCUUUCUUCAUCACUCCUUGUGGGAUUCACAACAACAUUAAUCCUCUUUUGUAGUCACUUUCAUCAGGUUGAAGGAGAUAAGGCUGUUGGGAAGUUUUCCCCUUUGGUUAGAAUUGGCACAGAAAGAGGUUCUGGAGUGGUGAAAGUAGCCGUUGCAACAUUGUAUUCUCUUUUAAUUGGUUUUGGUCUAAGCAGAAUUCUUCCUUUAACUUGCAUUCUUCUUUGUGCUCUGACCUUACCCAUGGGAAAACUGGCAGUUAGCUUCGUUGAAGAAAACUACAGGGACAAAGGGAAGAUUUUCAUGGCAAAAUAUUACUGUGUGAGAUUGCAUGCCUUAUUUGGGGCUGCUUUGGCAGCUGGACUGGUGGCAGCUAGAGUGCUUCAAGGAUAA